AUGGCCAAAAUCCUUCAAAGCGUCACCGUUUUCCUCAUCGUGAUUCUCUUCACCAUCCUCAUCUCCUCAGACAUUUCCUCUGCAAAUCAUGAGACCUUCUCUACUCGCUUAUCUCCAUCAAAGCUCGGCCUCAAAAAACAGAAGCUAACCAAACUUCACUUCUUCUUCCACGACAUUCUCAGCGGCCCAAACCCUACGGCCGUCCGAGUUGCAGAGGCAGCCGUGACGAAUAAAUCCUCAACAUUAUUCGGUUCCGUGUUCGUGAUUGACGACCCGUUGACCGUCGGACCCGAAGUCAACUCGACGAUGAUCGGAAAAGCUCAGGGGAUUUACUCGUCCGCGUCGCAGAGUGAAGUUGGGUUGUUGAUGGUUCUGAACUUUGCGUUCAUGGAAGGGAAGUACAAUGGGAGCAAUCUGAGCGUUUUGGGACGCAACGCGGUGUUUUCCGGCGUCAGAGAGUUUCCGAUCGUCGGCGGAAGCGGGCUUUUCCGAUUUGCCAGAGGAUACGCAAAGGCCAAGACUUAUUCUAUCGAUUUGAAAACUGGAAACGCCGUUGUUGAGUACAACGUAUACGUUUUUCAUUACUGA